CGGGGCCGGGUUUGAACCGUGGCGGGCGCUGCGAGCUGCCGGGCUGUGCCGCCAAUGGAGCCCGUCCUGAAAGGUAUUUCUGCCUAUGUAGAAGUUUGGUCGUCUAACAGAACAGAAAAUUACUCAAAAACCUUUGAACGGCAGCUUCUUGAUAUGGGAGCAAAAGUUUCAAAAACUUUGAACAAGCACGUGACCCAUGUGGUCUUCAAAGACGGACGUUUGACUACGUGGAAGAAAGCACAGGAGAUGAGUGUAAAAAUAGUUUCUGUACUCUGGGUGGAAAUGUGUCGAGAAACUGGAGUCCAUGUUGAUGAAUGCCUAUUUCCUGCAGUAGAUACUAAUGAAGGAUUUCUACUGCCAAUCAAAAAACAUAAAUGUAUGCAGCCAAAAGACUAUGUUGACAAAACUCCAGAAAAUAAUAGAAAGCUUCAGAGAAGACUGAACCAAAUCGCUAAAGAAUUAGCUCUACAAAAGACAGCAGUUACUGCUGAAACAGAUGUACCCGUUUUAUUAUUUGAAGACAAUGGUUCACUUAUAUACAGCCCUGUUAAUAAGAUAAAAGAUCAAUGCAAUACAAUGGAAAGAGGAAUAAAGGCUAUGAAAGAAAAAAGAGAGAAUCUUUCUCCUACUGGUUCACAAGUGACUCAAACACUUCCAAGUAGGUCAGCAGGAGACUGCUCAUUUUCUACUGGUAUCUUAACUCAUUCAGAAGAUGUGCUGCUACCCGAAGAACAAAUGGAAAACUGCUUGAACUCAAGUUGUGAUUCUCUUCGGAGAGCUGCAAUGUUAAAGACACAGAGAAACGAGGUAGCAGAACAUGCCUGUGAUACUUGGACUGAUAUUCAUGUAUCCAUGAGUGCAUCAGUGAAUUCUCCAUCACGUGGCAAUGAGCAGACGAGCUUAACACCAAAACGACAUCCCAGAAGUUUAACAAAGAAACAGAUUUUACAGCGCACUUUGGAUGACAGAUUGUCUUUUGGAAAGAAACAUUUAAAGUUUCCAAAGAAAAAUCAGAAAAACGAGAAGAGAAAGACUACUUCAAUUGCAAAUGAAAGUUCUCUUCUCAAGGGCUUUGGUGAUUGUACUCUUUCCAAAAAAAUAGUCCAGUUAAAUACUGUUCCUGCUUUGAUUGAUAGUCUGUCUAAUUCACCUAUGAAUAGUGAGGACUUAAAUGCUUGUUCAUUGGAUAAAAGCUUCUCUGUUGGCAGAAAUGACUGUGUUCUUGAAGACAAGAAGAAGAAGAAAGUAAGAACAUUAAGAAAUUUGAAGCUGGCUAUCUCAGAACUGGGUGCAUCAGGUUCUAAGGGGUUCUUGCAAACAGUUACUGCACGUAACAAGUCUUACUGCACUGAAGAGGCUUCUUAUGAAGACUUCUUUUCAUCAUCUAAUUCAAAUGAAAAUGAAGUACAGAUACAAGUACCAAAGGAAUCACAGAAUCCUCUUGAAGUUUGUUGCAAAGACUCUUCUAGAUGCACUGACCUACAUGAUGUGAGUUUUUGUGAGCCACAUAACACUACUAAGAAAAGUAGAAAGAUAUCUAUUUCAGUGAAUAAUUUUCCAGUAAAGAAAAAAACCAAACCAGCUAAACAUCCAGGAUGCAUACCAUUAAAUAUAUCAGGUGGUGAAAAAGGUGGCACUGGAGAAGCUCUAGAUGCUGAUGAUGUGAACAGGCUGCCACAGCAUGCUCAUGAAAAAUCCUACAGCAGUGUAAAUGACUGUGCUCAUACUACUGAUGGUGAAAAUGAAGUUUCAGAGUGUCAUGUUACUGAUGGCUCUUGCAAAAUUUUUAACUAACAAAAGAACAAGCCCACUGGGGGCUUAAGAAAAUCCAGAAGACUCCAAAAGGUCAGUUUAACUGGACAUUUGCUUUGUUAAGGUCUUUCAUAGAGGAUCAUUGAGUGCCUUUGUAUGUACAAAAGUUAAAAUAAAUUCUUUUUGCUGUAUCAGUUUUAAAACUUUCCUGAAUCUCACUUUUCUUGAAAUAUUAUGCUAAUUGUCUUGGUGUAUAGCCAUAAAACUGAGCUUUCUGGUAACUUGUGGUGGCUGAAUGCAUGCCAAGCUGACAUCAUAAAGCAGGUUGGUAAGCUGGCUCAAACUGAAAAAAGCUGAAAAGCCACUGAAGUUACCUGAAAAGGUGCCUGCCGCCUUUGGAGGAGUUACUAAAUGCAGUAGUUUUUAAAAUUUGUUUUAUACUGGAUCAUUGCCAUGUUUCUGCAGAAUAAAGAUUUAUGCAAGAUUUUCUUUCAGGUUCUGGUAAAAGUAAAUUUCUUAAUUUAGUAUUUGAGCUCAAGUUGACUGUAAAAAAGGGAGAAAGGAUUGAGUCAGCACUGAAUCUUUUUUAAGUGUUUUUCCUUUGUAAAAGUCUUCUAAGUAAAUAUAAAACUGAUCAGGAAAAUAAAUAAAAAUAAAGAUAAAUAAUAUUAGUUUUUUUAAUCAGUAAGUAGCAAGUCACAAUUGAAAUGAGUGCUGAGUUCUUUUGAGAGUGGAAAGUCCUAAAGCACUAAAGGAUAUCUGCUGUUAACUAUUUGAAAUAAGUUAUGUGUCUCAUUGGUAGAUACUGGUGGAGUUUCAAAGAGACUGAUCACAGAUUUUGAAACUUUUUUAUGUAAAGGUUUUGUGCAGGUGCAAUUACUAAGUUGUUCAACAUUUUAAACAUCCUGAAGAUGGGAUGUGGACCAGUGGACCAGUGAUCUCUGGAUUAAAAUGAUUAUUUGACUUGUCUGCAUCUUAUUGCUUUUUACUUUUUUUUUAAAUAUUUAUUCCCUUUAUUUUCUUAAAUAUAUUGUGUGUAAAAUUAAUAACUAGAAUGUAUGAAUCACUCUAGAAGCAUGUCCUAUUCAUGUCUUAAAUACUUCUGCAUUUAAGAUAGUGUACUCUUUAGGCUAAAGUAUCUCUCCAGAAUAGUUUUAUUUCCUGGCACAGAAAUCUGACUAAAGGUGCUGUAUGUAAAUCCACAAAGGGUGCUUGGAGAUCUGUCAGGUUUGUUGGUACUGAUUCCUUCUCCAGUGAAAUUACUCAAUAAGAACAUUAUACAUCAGUGCUAUUUUUGACUCAUUUCUCUUAAGUUUCUAACAUAACGAUUAUAUACAGAAGAGAAACAAAAAACAGUAUGUUUUUUUUAAUUGUUCCCUUUUUCAGAUAUGACCUUGCAGUCAGAGGUAUCUUAAAAUGGUUCUACAUGGUGUCUGCUUGCAAAGCAUCCUCUGUGAGGUGGUUAACAGUAGCAAAGCUAAGUAGGUGCUAGAGAAAAUUCCUAAUCAGUGUUUUGAAAUGGCUUCUUUUAUCCACCCAUUUCAGCUUGGUAAUAAUACCAUUUCACUCAAAUAUCAAUAAAAUAGCAGUGCAUAAUUUCAUUCAUGUCAUGAAUGCUUUGGAAAACUUAUUUUAAAGGUUUUCAUGCUUGACUAUGCAGAUUCAUAUGGUGACAAUUUUGGGGAAGGACAGGGAUUUGACUGAAAAGUGAAAAAGAAAAACUUCAUAAAAACGUUCUUUGUGAUUAACCAGGUGCUAUGUCUGACAAUGAGACUGUUGCACUGAAAAGUUUAAAGAGAAUAUUUUUGUUUUAAACAAAAUCAGACUGUGUAAAUUUUUGUAAAUAAUUAUGUUGCUAAACCUCUCUCGUACCAAUCAAAAUAUGUUCUUGAAGCCUUAUAAAAACAACCAAACAUUAUACACCAUUUUUAUUUAAUACUUUUUUCCAGUGGCUUAAACAUUGCAACUUUUUGCUAACUUUUGGCAAUGUAAAAGUUAAGUUAGAAAAUGGUAGUUAGUUUCCUUUGCCUAAAGAAGAAAGUGAGAGAGAAAUGGUGCAAGUGUUUUUAAAAAUAUUUUAUUGAAUCAUAGUAUUAUGAAGAAUUUCCUAACAUUUAUUUAAAUCUUAAAGAAAUUCUAUGCCAAAAAUACAACUGCAAAAGAAAUGCCAUUUCCUAGACGUACGAACAUUUCCACAAAGGUGACUAUGUGACUCUUCAGACAGAUCAUAUUGUUUUAAAUUCAAGUACUAAUAGUUUCUUUAUCUAUACUCUUUAUAUAGGCAUGCUUGUACUGUUAACAUGGAAGAUAUCUAACCAAAUAUAUGUAAAAUUGUACUGUCAACAAACAAAAGCCAUGAAGACAGAACAGUUUAUAAUGGCAGCUGCAUGCGUGUUUGGGAAAGAUAAGUAAGAUUUUCAAGAAUCUUUAAUGGAUUCAGAAAAAAGAUUUUUGGAUUUAAAAUAACAUCACCACCAUCACCCCAAAACUGGGACUUUUGGUGUGUUCAAAGGCAUUGCAUACAGAAAAUUUUAUGAAAUUGACUCUUAGUUUUGAGACAGAGUUGUUAAGGAUAAAUGCUGUCAAUUAAUACUUAUGAAUGUCAGCAGGUGGCUUCCCUGGUCUAGAAAUCUAAGUUGAUGAUACUGGAUUGCGAGGAUAAAAUAAACCCUUUAUGCAUUGUGAUGUGUUUCUCAGUCAUUCCAUGAAAUUGGAUACGUAGAUCUUUGUUGCUUUGCAUGGGGAUGACAAAGUGAAAGAGCUCAAAUUCAUCUUAAAGCAAAAAAUGCGUUCAAACAGUAGUGGUAUGUAUUUACAAUAG